UACUUAUUUCGUUUCAUUCCUCGUCAAUUAUUUUCUUCAAUAGAAUUUUGUCAUUCUUAUUCACUUCUGGUUUCCCUGCAAAACAAAUUUUUUAUUAAAAUGCGAGAAAGUGAAUCGAAAUCAUCGCGCCGUGAACGCGAUCGUGACCGUGGAAGGGAUAGAGAUCGAGAAAGAGAACGUGAUCGUGACCGCGACCGUGAUAGGGAUAGGGACCGUGACCGGGACCGGGAACGCGACCGUGAAAGAGAUCGGCACUAUUCGUGUAAGUACCAUUCGAAAUCAAGAUCGCCAUCCCGCAGUAGUCGUUCGAAGAAAAGCAAAAAAUCUAAAAAAUCCAAGAAAUAUUCAAGACGCAGUCGAAGCAGCAGCAGCUCAUCAUCUUCAUCCAAUUAUUCUGUUGCUAGUCGUAGCAGUCGGAACUCGUAUAAAUCUCGCUCGCAGGCGAGAAGUACCCGUGCACCUAGUUCAGAGGAGAAUUCGCGUACAGCAGCACCCGCUUCUUUGUCGGUUGCAACACUCAAAGGAAUAGAUGCUAUUGAUGCACAUGUCCGAAAGGCAUUGGACGCCAUUGAGGAAGAGUCUUUUCAGCCAAAAUCCUUUUUCAGCACACGGGAUAGAGAAGCACCUGAAAAGAAACCCUUAGCUGAUAAGGUCAUAAUUGAUUUGGAGUCGGAAACAGUGAAGAUGCCCAAGCUCACAGAUACGACCAAAGAAAACUUGGUCGAUGAAAAAAUAUUUCAUCCUAAUUUCAUUGGCGACGCAGAUCUCAAGGCGGAAAAGUGGUUGCGCAAACUAUUUAAUUACCGGCAAAGAUAUUAUCAGGAGUAGUUUAAACUUAUAUAUGUUAGUAUAGGUACUAGGUACUACACAAAAAACAAUAAAUAAUAAAGCAUACUCUUUAGAAUA